CAAUAUAAAAAUGAAGCGUUCCCACUGGGGAAAGAUGGUGGACGGUUCCGAUACCCGGAAGGAGCUGGAAGCAAACGAUAUCGUGCUUACGAUGAGCAAGAUGGAUAAAUUUCAGCAGAUCAAGCUUCCCUACACCAUCACCAGAGAAAAGCGCGUUCCGCUAAAAAAUGCACUCGUCACGCAAACGGUCGAGGUGAUGAAACAGACCGAAAUGAUCCAAACACUCAUCGACACGUACUCAACCAAGUCCGGCUGCAACUACAUACUGAACCCGUGCCAGCUAAUGCCCACCGUACACUUUCCCUCCAGCAAUGUGGUCGAUUUGACGCGGAUGGAGAAAAUUACACGCCCGCUCUGGUUCGUGCUGCCGGACGAAACAUCCUUCACCCGGGGUGAUCCUAAGAACUUUGUCAAAAUCUCAAAACCCGUCGUCCUGCAGGCACUGCGCAAGGCAGCGUGCGGUUUACUGUGUAUGGAAGGGUUUUCGGAAAUUAACGAAUCCGCACUGAUUAUGAUUGUGGAUGGGUUGGAUCAGUACAUGCGGUUGCUAACGAGCGCCCUGCGUACGGCUUACACCGAACAGGACGAGGAAAUUGGCCCAGUACCGACGCUGAUGAUGGUGGAGCGGAUGUAUCAAAGUAUUGGCCGUAGUCCGGUGUACCAGCUGCACAACUACUACAAAAAGUUGAUGAACAAAAAUCGGGACGAGGUGCGUGAGUUUAAGGACAUCUACCAGGAGUACGAUCGGUUGCUGCAGGAGAAUCAGCUGUCGGUGCAGAACAUGCAGAAGCUGGGCGAUCUGAAGGAGGAAGACUAUAUGAACUUUCUCGAUCCGCAGUCCCACUCGUCGAACGGGACGACGAUCGACGGGACGGCGAUGAAUAUUAUUAACUUUAUCAACGGAGAAACGGUAAAUGGGUUCAAGGAUAUACUCGAGGGUGAACUAUUGGAAAACAGCAGCACACAGGAUUCGUCAGAUCAAAUGAACAGUAAUCAACAGUUUUAUCAGGCCGAUUCAUCCUCGCAAGGAUACGCACCGUCUGGACCGAUGUAGCAGUGUGCUGAGGAUCCACCGGUACAUCGGUUCACA